CUGCUGUAGUUUCUCUCUUUCUUCGGCCAUCCAAAUUAUGCAAAUGACGCCGGACGUGCAGGCAGCUGAGGACAGACCAGCCGUAUCCAAAAUGGCGAACAGCAACAAGGAGCUGGAAGAGGAGAUUUAUGACAAGGUUGUAGACCUGACAGAAUAUGCCAAACGUCAGCGAUGGUGGAGCCGUGUUUUUGGGAAAAACUCUGGCCCAGUAGCAGAGAAAUACUCCGUGGCCACACAGAUAGCCAUAGGGGGAGUGAGUGGAUGGUGUGCAGGAUAUCUCUUCCAGAAGGUUGGAAAGGUUGCUGCUACAGCUGUAGGGGGAGGUCUUCUGUUGCUGCAGAUAGCUAACAACAGUGGAUAUAUCCAAGUGGACUGGAAGAGAGUAGAAAAGGAUGUCAACAAAGCCAAGAAGCAAUUAAAGAAGGGCACCCACAAAGCAGGUCCAGAGUUAAACACAUUUGUUGAGAAGUCCACAGAAUUUGUGAAGAAAAACAUUGUUGUCACAAGUGGUUUCGUCGGAGGCUUCCUGCUUGGCCUGGCAUCCUAGGUUCUGCCGAAUGAGAAGAGCCUGUAUUACUUUGAUGUCAUGAAAACUAUAGGGAAAAGUGAUAAAUUAUUGCUGGUUGUUAAAUGUGUUGACAGCAAGCUACCAGUUUCCCAUUAGCUUGUAGCUAUGUGUUUCUACAUAAGCUGCACACCCUUCUGUCUACUUCAAUACUGGAUCUCCACAUGACAAGUACUGUGAGUUAUGGAUGUGGGACUUCUUGGUUAGACCAGAAAGGCCCCCUUAAAACACUCCACUUCCCAGGCCAAAUAUUAGCACAUAUCAUGCAAAACAUGAAGGCCAUCAGAAUGUUGCAAUAUUGUCGUUUAUUUAUUUUCACCACACUGACAUGGUGCCACUAUGAAAGGUCACGCACUGUUAUUGAUGUCCCUUGUUGUGCAUUAACCCGAGCAGCUAAGUGCAUGUAGAUUUAAAUUGAACUUCACAUGGCUGGUGGUGUCCAAAGGACUCUGUCGAUGCCUGUGUUUAAUUUUGCAAUUCCAGACAUCUUAAUCAAUCAAUCAAUCAUCUUAAGCGUUAAAACUUGAAUUUUAUUCGUAAGUGCUGAGAGAUAUAUGAUUGCUAUGCCUCUUUUAGAGGUGCUAUAUGUCCGACAGGUUAUGUCAGCGUCCCUUGCAUCUCUUUUUUUUUAAAAUGUAUUUUGUUAAGCAAUAAAUUGAAGCUUGAAGUUCUGAAGGCUGUGGUUUGUCUACUAUGUAAGUUUGAUGAACAAAUAAAAAUCAGUUGAACUGUA